AUGUCUGGGAACGUGGCACCCGUAAGAUCCCCCCGCAGGAGGGGCUCCAAAGCCAUCCCAGGGUGUUCUGAGGAGGAAAGAGCCAGCCUGUGCCAGGAAGGUGGUCGGCGCUUGAGCUGGAGCUCUGACCUGGUGGUCCCUGAGCAGCCUCCCAGCAGAGAGAAGCCCUUCAGGUGCUUGGAAUGUGGGAAGAGCUUCAGGAAGAGCACCAACCUCCUCACCCACCAGCACAUCCACACUGGGGAACGUCCUUACACGUGUAGGGAAUGUGGGAAGAGCUUCAGUGAUAGCUCUACCCUGCGCACCCACGAGCACAUCCACACAGGGGAACGGCCCUACACAUGUAGGGAAUGUGGGAAGAGCUUCAGCCAGAGCUCCAACCUCCGCAGCCACCAGCGCAUCCACACUGGGGAACAGCCCUACACGUGUAGGGAAUGUGGGAAGAGCUUCAGUGAUAGCUCUACCCUCUGCACCCACCAGCACAUCCACACUGGGGAACAGCCCUACACGUGUGGGGAAUGCGGGAAGAGCUUCAGCCAGAGGUCCCACCUCCACACCCACCAGCUCAUCCACACUGGGGAACGGCCCUACAAGUGCUUGGAAUGUGGGAAGAGGUUUCACACCAGCUCCAAUCUCCUGAAGCACCAGCGGAUACACACGGAUGAGAGGCCCUUCCACUGCACCGACUGCGGGAAGGGCUUCAAUCGGAACGGCAACCUUGUCACCCACCGGCGCAUCCACACUGGAGAGAGGCCCUACAAGUGUGAGGAGUGUGGGAAGAGCUUCACCUGGAGCUCUAAUUUGACCAAACACCAACGGACCCACCGAAGCCAGCGCCCACAGUGCUGCCGCCGCCCAAGCGGGUCCCGCCCCGCGCCCCGCCACAUCCGCCACUGCAGACGCCUGCAGGUGCCCCCUCAUGGCCUGCCAUCGCCGAGACAGCCUGCCGAGCCCGCACCGCCCAGUGAACUGUGGGAGCCCUGGAGCAACGCCGUGCCCUUCCCCCCCCCCACCACAGCCGAAACAGCCCAGACCGCCGCAGCCACGCCGAAAGAAAAAAACCGCAGAGAAAAGACUGCCAGAUAG